GAGGCGGCUUUAGCAAUGGCGGUGCAUCGUUGGAGAAUUAUUUAACAUUUUUCUCGCUUCCCAGAGAUUUUUUCUAGUUUUAUUAACAUUUCAGUGAAGAAAGAUCUACCAUGGACCCUUCAAUAGCAAAGAAAACGCAAGAUACGUUAGGGAAGGUCAUAAAGAAACCUCCUUUAACGGAAAAAUUGCUGGGCAAGCCUCCAUUCCGGUUUCUUCAUGAUAUUAUCACUGAGGUACUCUUGAUUACUGUGGCAAAAAGACAGUAUUGAUAUGAGGACUUCCUCUUGAUACCUUUGUGAUUUCUGCAAAAAUUUAGGUGGUGAGGAACACUGGUUUUCUCAAAGGCUUGUACACCGCUGAUGAGAUGGACUCAGCGAAAGUCAAGGUAUUAGCAGCUUGCAAUUUAUAAGGCUUUAGAUUUAGUGUGCUCUUCACUGAAAGCGAGAGGGGAUAUUGCUUAUUUUUUAUCCUUCUCGUUUCCCAUUUUAGGACUAACAUCCUAAUACUAACAGCUGAUUCUCAAUUAUAGGAAAAAGAAGCCAAGAUUCUUUUUCUUCAAAAAGCAAUAGACGUCGUAGGUAAGACACCGAGGUCAUGUUGUGUGUUGCUAAGAAACAGUCGCAACACUUCGCACAGGUUUUUCGUUUGGCAAAAACGCUAUUUAUAUCUAACCAUUUAAACCAUAAAUCAUGAAGGUCCAUAUACAUUUAUCAAUCCAUCGAGGACAUUUGAUCUUUAUACUCGUUAUAAUCCGACAAAAUGCACCAUCAGGUGCCUGUUUUGUAGCACGCAAGUGAGCGUGAUGAAAAAUUAUCUUCCAUCAUUUACUUCUUCAAAUUAAAUACAUUCAAUGGAACACUUAAGAUUCAGCCGAGUGACUACAAAAAUUUUUUUUUUUAGGUUUCGGUUAGUGCUUUUAAGCCAAAUUUCGCUGUUUAAUGCAAUCCUGACCACAAAGAAGUGUUCUUGUGAUACCGACUUGUAAAUCGAAUCCGCACUGAACAGUUACAAAAUGAACUUUUAAUAUUUUUACAGGAACUUUUCGCGAAAUCUCAUUUAAUUGUUAUAGAAGAAAAGACAUUUGCCUCACCGAUCUGCUAUUUGUUUUUGUUUAGUAACAGCCUGAUGUGCUUACUUAGAGAAAUUGUUCUUGAAAAUUAAUGAUUUCAUCAAAGGAAAAAGUUCAAAUUUAAACCUGUGAACCAAACAUUUAGUUUGUGAUUUUAGAUGUAAUUUGUUGCACCUUCAUAGAUAACGGCUAGGUUAUAAGUAAUGUGGUUAAAGGUAACAAAAUGGCUACUAAAAAAAGAGAUACUUUUCCAGCAAUUGUUUUAUACUGGCAUAUUUUUAAUUUAGUUUUUAUUUUGCAAACUUUCCUAACACUUCACUGUCCAAAAUUUGAUGUCCUUCUCCUGUGGUGCAAUUGUUUUAGUCAAUAGGAUUUAGCAAAAAUCAUAUUUGUUGUUACCAUUAACAUAACAUUGCUGGUGUCAUUUUCAUGUUUAACAUUCACAUUUUCACUCAACUAAUUUUCAGUUAAUUUUCAUGUAAUUUUAAGAGAUUGAAUUUGUGUGGUGCUUUAAUGUAUUUAUGCCUUUAAGUUGGUGAGGAAGCACAAUUUGUUUGACUUGAAAAGAAAAAACUUAUAUAGAGCAUUUAGUAAUCAGAGAGAAUCAGAUUAUAAUGAUAAAUAUUGUUCUAGUGAUGACACUACAGUUGGUAAUGAAUUGCAAACUAAACAUUGAUAUUACAAAUGGGAAAUUUCAAAUUGGUGUUAUGUAAUUCAUAAACAAUGAAAAAACAUCUGAUUGUCUCUGUUGUCUAAUUAAAUGGUCACAGGUAUGAUAACUGGACAGUUGUCAGUACGUCCAUCAAAAAUUGUAGCAGGCCAUGAACCUGAAAAGACAAAUGAGUUCCUGCAAGCAAUGGGCACAGCAAUUUUACACAAGGUAGGUCAGGUUUGUCUUUUUGUCAAACUCAGAAAGCUAUAAACAAUGGAAAUAUGUCUGGAGAGUUCACUGUACUUUCAAUUGAUCAAUCUCAUGGAUAACCUGGACUGGUACAUUGUAAGCAAACCUCAAAUUCACAAAGAUUUCCCUUGGACAUAAUCAUAUUUAAAAAAUAUGUUUGAUAUUCAUGGUUUUCUGAGUUCACAGCAAGGCUUUCUUUACAUCUUUUUUCCUAAUUUACUCAGAGUUUCAAUAUAUACAGUUUUAGUAAAACCCUAGUAACUCCAACUUCUUUACCUCAAACACCAUGUAACUUGAAGGAGAUCUAAUUUCCCUUGACCCUAUUUUUCAGUCAUUUACUCUCAGCUAACUUGAUUUUAAGAAAUUUAAAUUAUUUUUAUUAUUAUUUUAUAGAAAAGUAGUACUGGUGCAGUGAAAAAAGUAUUAGCAGGAGAAAAACCAGGAAAAGAACCUAGGUUGGUUUAAAACAUUUGUGUUGUAUAAGGACCUUUUGAUGUGAGUUGCAUGGCUGAUGACAUUAAAAUUCAAACUUAACAUGAGAAAUUUUAACAUAGUCAACAAACUUGGUUUAAAGCUUCUAUAGGAACCUCUAAGAAAAAAUUUUAACCUAGUGACUGAGAUUUUAUUGCAAAAGCUGUAAUCUUGGCAAAUAGGCUGACCACCCUUAUUAUAUGGAAGGAAAAAGGAAUUUUGGAAAAGAGAUAUAUAUAUAGAUUCCCCAAGUACACAUAGCUUUGAGCUGUGUACACAAAUAUGAUUUUGCCUGUAUGAUCAACCUUAAGUACUUUGCUAUAUUUGCUAAUAUGGUGCAUGAAUCAUGUUAUCUAUCAAUAACAAAAAGUUACAUUUUUUCAGUUGAGUUAUGAAGAUAAAAAUGUUUUUUUAAUGCUACCCAAAUAAGAAUGUUAUGAUUUAUUUAGCCAGUAAGGCUCACGAUGAAAAGGCACAAAAUAACCUUCAUGUAUGAGCUAACCCUUUAACCCCUGAGGGUGACUAGCAUCUAAUUUCUCAUGAAGGCAUCACUUCUGAAUCAACCUUUAGGCUGAUGAAAAUGAAGGAAAUUUUUCCAAACUUGAAAAGUUAGUGAUUUUUUACUAAAUUCUCCUUGUCAGCUCCUUAGGAAAUUUAUUAAAAACAGUAUGAAGAAUUUACAUGUUGAUGUUGGGGUAUAGAGAGUUAAACAAUUUUUAGGAGCAUUUCCCUCUGGUUUAAUUUUCCUUGCCAUUCCUAUUAAUUUCAUGAUUAUCACUUUGGAAACUUUGAGUCAAAAGUUUACAUUUAGCAGCAGAAGGCAUAUCAACCUUAAGAGAAUUGAUUAGUAAAUUUAUAUUUAAAAAACUUUUACUGUGUCUAUAACCAGUGAUAACAAAAGAAAAGAUUCUAGAACUGGAAGUGGAAGCAAGGAUAAAGAGAAAUCAAAAGAACAAGACAAGGAAAAAAGUAAAGAUCGAGACAGAAGUAGAGACAGAGAGAAAGAAGAUGACAAAGACAAACAUAAACAGGUACUUUUCAUUCAUUUUCUGUUACAAGGUAUUUGAUGUGACAAUGCAGUUGGUUAAGUUCUGAUAAUAACGGCAGCAGAUUUAUCUAUGUGUAUACUUAGACAAUUAUCUUUGUCAGCAUAGCUCAUUUAAGUGCUGAAUGCGGAUGUAACAGUUAUCCUUUAUGGCAGUAUCCUUAAACUGAUCUUCAUUGAUAUUUUCAAUGGUUACUUUUUUAAUUUACCAAAGAGCGAAAUACUUAUUUAUGGUAUUAUACAAAAAUAUGUUUUUAUGGUAUUAUAGUCUCCUAAUUGACCUUUAUUGGCCCAGUUGUUGGUAAACAAAGAAAUAGAUUACAAGAAAACAAGCAAAUAUGCUAGUCCUGUGGUCAUAUACCCCUGAAUGGAAACCUUUCAAUCAUAUCUUUUUAAAUGGAAGCUUGUUAAGUUCUUCAAAGCAUAAUUUUGAGGUCAAAUCAUGCUAAAGGCAAGAUAAACUAUUUCAAGAAAUAUCACUCAUUACAUUCCAAAAGGGUAUUUUCAAGCAUUUUACUUGAAUUUUAUUUUUAGGGUGACUCUUCCAGAAGGAGGGAUAGUUCAUCUAAUAAAGCAGACAGUUCAGAUAGAAAGAAAAGAGAUGAAUCAGCAAAGAGAGAAAAAGAGAAGGAAAAGCAAUCUGACAGAGGGAGAGAAAAAGAAAAAGAAAAGGUGUGGGAAAAAAAUAAGAAACUGUUCAAGUGACAUGUUUGUGGUCCAUUUGACUGGAAUUUAUCUUAGUUUCGGUAGAGUGAAGCAAAUUUUUGAAGCUCUGUUUUGGAUGCUGGAAAACAUUGAAGAUCAAGUGUUGAGUCAAGACUGUUGACUAAGUUCUGAAUGAUACCAUGAAUUAAGUAAACAUCAAUGUGGAAAUCAAAUAUAAGGGGGUACCACUUUCAUUUCAGCAGCUGCAAAGAAAAGAUGAUGAUGUGGAUAGUCCUGAUGUAGCAACAGCAGCUGCAGUUGAUGGUGAAUCAGAGGUAACUUUACCACAAACUGACAUACAAAACCUCUUUUUUUUUUUAGAAAAAACUGAUAAUCAUCUCCAAAAUGGUGACAGAGAUUAAAAAUUUACCAUAAGAAAAAUCAGACCUCAUGGCAAAAUAGUAGUUACCUGUGGGUAUUUGUUUGACUGGGUAUACCACAUACAACAGUAUAUCCAGUGUCCCAUCUGCCAUGGACAAAACUUCUUUAUCGGGCAAAACUUACUUUUCCAUGGCAAAUUAUAUCUUUUCAGAUCAGCAACCCUUACUUUUCUGAUGCAAAUUUUUCUUUUUUAAUGGCAAAGUUACAGUGACUCAGGCCAAUCUUAGCUAUAGGAAAAACAGGGGAAUUAAAUUGCUUUUGACAAUAAAAAUCUGCGAUAAAAUAUUAUAAAACAUAACACGACGUUUCGACGUUUCCAGAACGUCAUUAUCAAGUGAACUAGAAUAAUAAAAUUGAGUAUAUAUAUAAUGAAGCGGUGAAUAAAUUACAAAGCGUUAAAAGUUAAACAAAGAGUUUGGCCCUAAUGGAAUCGCUCUGGGUGUUUAAAUUGGGCCUUAUUGUUCUUAUGUACAACAUUUCAUAAACAAGACAAUCCCAUUUCGUGCCACAUUUUUUAAGCAUUCUAAACUGGCUCUCAUUGAGUAAGUCUAUGUUCCCAUGGGCAUCUCUCAGGUGGCGACCAAUGGCAGAGUAUCGAUGAUCAGCGAUGCGUUGAAACAAAUGGCGCGUCGUAUAUCCGACGUAGUUUGAAUCACACAAAUCACAUUUAAAACAGUAAACAACGCUAUGCUGACUUACGAUGCAUGGCUUGAUUUCUUUAAGCUUUAGGUCCUGCUCAAGUUUCUUACUGGUGUAGACUGGUUGUACAUCAAUGCCGAUUUUUGAACUGAGAUCACGCAUUUGUCUUUUGGCAAUGUUCGCUGAGACUUGAUCUUUGAAAGGAAUACUGACUCUUAAAGUUUCAUCAGAUUUUGUCUUAGUAUCUGGUGUAGAGGAAUAAUCACAUUUGUCGAUAAUACAGUUAAUACACCAGAUUGAGUAUUGGAAAAAUAAGGUUUUUGGUUGGCAGGAUUGACCUAACAUUGCUCAACCCAUAAACAUAUAAAUGUAGGUAUUCUUUAAAUUCUUGGAAAAAUUUACUAGCCAGUCAGCAACUAGUUAAAUUAAUUUAAGAUUACCAAACAGAGGGUGUUAACUUGAAUGUUAAUUUCAUGAAUUUCUUGUUUUUAAAAUUAAUAUUUGGUGAUCUUGAGCAGUCUUUUUGGAAGAGGAUCUGUUGAUUUAUUUUUAUCUCUCUACUUGUAGAAUGGAGAGGCACCAGCAAAUCGCAUUCCAAGACCAUCCUCUGCUAAAGGUCAGAGACGCAGACCAUCAGGGGAGGGAGAGGGUAUGCUUGUGUGUGAAAGAAAACAAUAUUUAUCACAUCAGACAAAGUGUUCACAGUGCUGUUAGAUUUAAGGGUUAUUUGAAAAAUGUACUUCUGAGUUGGAAAUAUACCUUAUUGUAAUAGACUUUGUUGGUUUUGCACCCAAGUCUUACUUGGACAUUGGUGGUACAAUAGUUAGGAAAGUCAAACUUAUUAUGUUAUCUGAAUGAACUUAAAUGAUGAAACAGAGAAAAAUGGAUAUUAAGUGGCUGGCGAUCACAUUUUCCUUUAGUAGUGUAGUGCACUUGGCUUUGUUAGGGUAGAACAUGUUGCUGAAGGCAGAAACUGCAUUCCAAAGGAGCCCAUUUAAGGAUAUGCUUAGAGUUUUUCUUAAUCAGUUAUAUUCCUCUACUUUUGGAAAAAAUCAAUAAUAAAAUCAUGUCGUGACAUGAAAAUGUGGUCCCAUGGUGUAUAAUAUUUAUUGGUCUUUUGUAUUAGCCAUGAAGUAACAGUUUAAGUUGCUGUCAGUGACUACUUUUUUGUGCCCAAUCAUUAAUAUUUAUAAUUUGUGUUUCAGAUCUUCAAGAUAGUGAAAGUGAUGGUAGGUAGUGGCAGAGAUGUGCAAUGAUGUGUAUUAAAUUGUUAUCUUUGAUUACCAGAAACAGAAAGUUUUCCAUUUUCUGGGUGGACUGCUUUGAGAGUGGCAUUUUUUGUACAGUAUUUAUCUAGAGUUUACUCUUUAACAAUAAUUUUUUGUUGUUGAUAUACCACUGAAACUGCUGGUAUUUCAUAUGUUUAUUGUGGGAUGGCUGACAAAAUAGCCAUGAUUUUGACAUAUGUGGGUUUUAUAUUCCUACCUCUUGGAGAAAACUGAUUUAAAAAAUUGAAAUGUCGGGGUUUUUUUUAUCAGUAUUCUAUCAGCAAACUUCUUCAGAAGGAAUCCCAAAAUGCUGAGUCAAGAAGAGUACCUCAGGAACUUUCAUCUCUUUACUUUAUGUGAAGAAGUUGUAUAUACUGAUUGCACCAAGAUCAACUAAACAUAGUUUUUGGUUCAUAACCAAUUUAUUUUGUUUCCUUUAGGUGCAAAUACAGAUGAACAACCCAGACCAACUGAGCAAAUGAAUGGGGUAUUACAUGAUGAAGACCUCCCUCCUCAAGUUAUAAAAAGGUAUGAAAGAAAAGAGGUUUACCGCUACCUUUACCUACCUGCAUCUGUUUAGUUAGGAGAAUAGUUUUGUUACUCAGGCUAAAUGUGACCUUUAUGGAUUGUUUUGAUGACAAGAAACAGUAGUUAGAAUUAUUUACCAAACCAAUUUGAUGCUUUGAUUAAGAUCAAUUCCACACUGAAAUGAGAGAGUCAUGCCCCCUCCAAACUUUUUGAUGAAGGCUAGAGCUCUAUGCUCUCCCCUUUUGUGGUCAGAGUUACCUUUAAAUGAUUCUUUUUUAGCUUGUUUGUUCUACAAUGCUGUACUACUGAGAUUGCUUAACAUCAAAUUUCUUUCUAAUGAACAGUCGUAGUAUGGCAAGACCAAGCAGUGCAAGGCCUGCCCCACCUAAGAUAAAAAAGCAACAAGAGGACCUUGAAGAGCAAAUAGCCAGGUAUAACUGUCUGUUUUUAUUGAUAUUAGUAAUUAACUAUUUCAAGAACCACAAAUUUAAAAAGGAGGCACUGGCUUGUUGACUUUGCUGAGCUGAAAAACAAAAGUGUUUUGUGUUGCUAUUGCAACCUUUCAACAAGCAGACAAUUUGCAAAGAAGGCCGCUGAGAACUCAGUUUUUUGCCAGCAUUUGUCAUGAUUUUUUAUUAUAAACUGAUGAUAAGAAGACCAUCCAAAAUCAAACCUCUUGAGAACAUGAGUUUUUUCGUGGUAAACCAAUUUCAAGCUAGCAGAAUAAAGGUCCUUAGAACAGGUUUUUGAAAAAGUUUAAAAAAUAUCUCUAUGCAGGACUUUUGUCUGUGUUUCAGGGUCCAGGUUUUCUUUCAAAAAUUAUCAGAAUUCAUAAAAAGAAAAGAAAGGAACCUGCACACAAGAAGGAAGCAUCCAUGUCUGGGCAUGUCUUUGCUGUUAAACAUCUAUAAUUCAACCUCAAACUGUAUUGCUGUUUUAAUAGGAUUCAUUUGUUUUUGAGCUUGUAAAGUUAACCAGUGGCAAUCUUUUCUUUGUUGCAGAAUUGGGUCUGGGAAACAAGUUGCCAGUGUUAUUGUGGAUGAUGGCAAAGAACAUGAUGAUGAGGAUGAUACCUUCGUAGUUGAAGAUGCACAUGCAGUCCAAAAUGAUGUAGAUGUGGUGAGUGGUUAACUCCCAUGAUUUAACGAGUAAUUCUCUUCUCUAGCUAUCAGACAUCUUUGUACAGUGGAACCCCCCCACUAACUUGGUUAACUUGAACCCCCCCAUAACUUGAACAAGAUCCGUUUUCCCUUAACCCAUUUUUUCAGUCAUUUACUAUCAGCUUACCAUAACCACUGCUAACUCAAACCAUCUUUUGUUUUCCUUGGGAAUUUUUGGGAAUUCCGGUUAGUGCAGUUCUACUGUAUCUUCAUGUACACGAUCCAACAUGUCACACCUUAUAUUGCAUAAUAAUAAAUUGCAAGGGAGGCUUUUGUAAGGGCAUUUUUGGCUGUAUUUCUUAAACUCAUUGAAGCAAAGAUGUGGUUGUAUAUGGAAGUGGCCUUUUUUUUCAGUCACCAGGCUCUUACUUCAAUAAAUUAUGGUAUUUUCUUAUUUUCUCAGGCUCCUACAGGAGAAGUAGCUGAAGAUGAUGGUGAACACGGUAAUUAUUUUCAUAUGUACUGAUUAUUUAUCUAUGGUUAUUGUUGUUGUUUUUGGAGAUGAAAUUUUUCCUCUUGUACUCAUCAUCCUUCCUUUUUAUCUUUCAUCAUGACACUAAAAUAGAAUAAAAUGAAAGUUCAAAUGAGGGUUAUGACUAUUUCCCUCGAUUGAUAUUAAGAAAAAACAAGCUCGCUUGGGUCCAGGGAUCGGUUAUCUAACAGAAGCUCCCAUGAGUGACCAAGAUAUAAUUUCUACUUGCAAUAUCAAUGUAAGAUCAAGGAGAAUUACUAAUCAUAACUAAGAAGUGAAAGGGCGGAUCGUUUGGAGUUUUAUCCGUGUCUAUCAUGGCACUAAAAAACCAUUGUCUAAGAGUGACGAGAGAGUUUCCUUUCCUUUCAGGGGGCCUUGUUAGAAAAAUUCUUGAAACAAAGAAAGAGCUUGAAGGAGGUCGAAACCAAGAAACAAGACCAAAACAGGUGAGGGACUGUUUGUUAUGAACGUGUCCUUGUGUAAGAGUAAUUUAUAUCUGAAAGUUGGUAGAAAUGAAUCUUUUUCCCUCAAUUCACGAGGAAAGAAAAUGUGAAUAGGGCCUUCUUACGAUGCCGUCAAAACUUACAGUUCAUUCGCUGAGUCUUGCCUUAUUUUGAGUGUGACAAGUACAAUACGUUUGCAACCUAGUAGAGGAAUUAUUUUACCUGUUGAAUUUCCAAGAUUUACGAGCGAUUUUAGGCGGUGACAAGAAAUAUUUCAAAUGGCAAAAAUUAUCAGUUACCGUCUGAAAAGGAGAACACUGCAUUCCUUUGUGUAUUGGAGAGACCACCUGAAAAUCAGUAACUGUCCAAAACUCAGUUUGAUUUCAUUUUCUGUUUGGUAGGAAAGACAAGCUCCUAUUAUAUCAGACGCUGCAAGGAAAAAAGAAAGGGAACUUGCGCAAAAGGAGGUAAGAGCAACGUAAACAAGAUAUCAAGUAUCUCCAUUCGCGAUAUUUUUCUUUCUGUGUUCGAUUUAAAUUGCAUAUUUCUUUUUACAGAUAGAAAAACUCAGAACUAGUAUUCAGACAUUGACGAGAAGCGCAAAUCCAUUAGGAAAAAUUAUGGACUAUAUUCAGGUAAGGGGUACUUUUGCAGCAUCAACUAAGGAAAGGUUUCAAUAACUUUUUUUUCCAUAAGUGGCUGCCGAUAGUGGAAUAAGUGGCUGUUCCCUCCAAGAGGGGUUUGGGGGCAUGCUAAAGACGGCGAUACACUGCGAUUCACUGCAAUACACUGCCGAUUUCUGGGACUGCAACUAUGUUAGUCCCUAUCACUCCAAAAAUCUAAUUAUCAAUUCUCCCCAAUCCUCUUCACCAUCGCAUUUCAUAUAAUUUUUAGUUGAGAAUUUGGUUGGUUGAUACUGGUAUUGUUCUUUCUUGUCGUCGCCUUUCUGUUAAAAUAUAUUUGACAUUGUAGGGGAAAUUCGUUUUUGUUCACUUCUGGGAGUGAAAGGGUUAAUCAUGGAAGGAAAAAAAGAAAGGAACUGUACAUAAAUCUGCUGUAGUUUUAAUGCCUGGAAUGGUAUUCAGUCGAACCUCUGCCAACGUCUUUUUUCCUUACAAGGGUCACUGUUUUCUUUUUGACCAGCUGGGAGGUUCUAUUUUCCAAAGGUGGCCGUUGUGGAAAAGCUGGCUUUUUUCAAAUUUUUUUGUACUAUUUUUGAUAACAGGAAGAUAUGGAUAGUAUGCAAAAGGAGUUGGAUCUGUGGAGACGGGAAAAUAAGGAGCAUGAAAUAGCGUUAAGAAGAGAGGAAAGGUAACAUAAAUCUCUUUACUCCUGAGGUUUUUUCCUAGUCUGUCGUCACAUUGUUGUCUGUUGUGUUCUGAAGAGAAUCGCCAUAGCCUUCUUCCACCUUCGUGACUGACUGAAUUUAUGGUCUCUCUUCGCUCAAAUUUGGCAUCUUUCAAUCUUUUUUCAUGCUUUCUUUUCACAGCAUAACACAAAAUGAGAUCGCACCCUUAAAAUCACAGCUAGAUGAACUUGACACUGAAAUAACAGAAAUGGUAAGCUAUCGAUUUUGUGUACGAGACGAGUAAGGUUGAGAUUAUAGAUAUUUGAGACCCUACGAUCUUGUGCCAAGUAUAUAUUGAUUCUUUUUUUUCGUUUUCUAUCCCAGGUCGAUAGGAUAAGCACAGUAAAGUGUAAUAUCUUGAGAAAUGACGAAAAAGUACAGAAAAUGCUCUCCAGUGUAUCAUUAACAUCCAGAUGAAAAGGACUGCUCUGGUGCGGUGCUUGUAAAAAUGUAAAUUAUCUCUUGUAAACAGCGGAUAGACGUUCAGUGUACAAAGGAGCUCUCGACCCGGGUAUUUAUUUUAUCGAGCAACGAAAAAUACACAACCAAGAGAUGGAUUAUAGGAGAGUGUGAGAGUGUUUGUACUCUUAGAAAGUCUCUCAUUCAUUUAAGUGAAGAGAAAUCUCCGUUAAAAAUACGCACUAAUUCGCCGGAGGGAAAUUGUGCCUUUAUCUAGUAGCAAAAAAAUCCCAUUUUACGCCUACAAUCGCCAGCAACCAGACCACAGUUAUUAAACCACAUAGCUAAAGUUUACAUCUAGAAAAGCAACCACCAGAAGAACCACUGUUGAGUACGAUUUUUGGAUUUUAUUUGGUACUUUACAACACUCCGUCGCAAUAACUACUAAAGCUUUUACACAAACUACUGUUUAGAUAUGUUUAUCUUUUCUUCUGUUGGAAAUUUAAUAUAUAUUGAACCUUAUCACUAUUCUGUUACCCGUCCUUUUUUUAGCAUGGAAAUAAGAUUGCUUCAAAAUGUCUGUCGAAUUACGGCAACCCAGUCAAAUCGAAGACUGUCGACAUUUUUUUUAGUGGAAAAUGGCGUGAUUAAAGUUUGCAAAGGCAAUUCCGGUGGUGAGAACGCUAUCUUGAAAAGGGUUUAUAUUGUACUAUUAAAAAAAAGUUUAGAACAGAAGUACUGUUGCUGUUAUUUUCCUUUCAUUCGCAAUUUUUUGUUCUUUUCUUU